GUGUUAUAAGCGACGGCACACACGGGCAAUGUCCCUCCCCGUUUGAGUCGUCAGUUAAGACGUUUUACAAAUUUUAAGGAUUUCUCAUGUGUCCAUGAAGAAAUGUUUUACCACAGCACAAGAAUAUGUGAGACAAAUUAGAGCUGCCACCAGGACUGGGUGAUGGAGGCUAGAAGGAAAGAUGGCUGUAGACCACGCUGGAAAUAUCUUGGAAGAUUUGCCAUUCCUUUCCAGUCUGGUAAUAGAGUUAAGGCGAAGCGGAUCCUCCCAGUUCCACCUGCACCUGAUGAGAUGGCACGGACAAAGUCUGAAAUAAACAGUGUUGACCAGAGGUUGGCUAAUACUCAAGCGUUGGAUAAUAAUUGUAUUUUUGAAGAUUCUUUCUGCAAUCUGGAUGUUUUGGAUGGUGUGUGUGAAGCUGAGACUGAGUACACCAACAUCAGGGUUAAGAGAUCACCACAGGGGGUACCGUCUGCUUCUCACCAAUUUAAAACUCACUCAAGCAAACGGAAUGAAUUAGUAGAAGGUCCACUCCACAAUGCCCAGUCUUUAUUAAAUAAUGCUACACACAAACGCACAUGUAAUGAAAAUCAGCUCUCAUCAAACAGAACUAACUCUUCAGAUCUAAGACGAUCACCCAGAUUGAAAAAACCAACUUCAGACAGUGCAAAAAAACAAAAGCAUGAUACAACAUCAAAAGAGUUUGCCAAACAUAAUGUUAAUGUAAAGCAGAAGGAAAAUGUUGUGGCCACUGCAGUUGGAGCUGAUACUCUGGAAGCCAUUGAUGCUAUGGAUCUGGAUGACAGUCUUUUCCCAGAUGAAAUUACUUCUCCAGUAGAUGAAAUACAAAGAGAAGAACGUCUUGGAUGUGCAGUCCAGCGUAAGUCUCAGGUGCAUAAUCAUAAUGAGAAUUCCGGGCACUAUGUUAACUUUUCAUAUAGUGAAACUGUCAGAAGGUCACAAAGGCUCAGAAUUAAAAACAGUAAAAGCAAAACUGAUUCUACUGGUUCCUCAGAUAUAAAGAAUAGUAAUGAAAAUGCAACUGUCAAAGUUUACGAUCAAAGAAUUUUUUAUUCAAACUGUAAAAGCAAUAUAGGAAAUGGUUGUACAAUUGGUACAGAUUCUGCAUCAAAUGUAAAUUUAAAUUUUCAAGAAGAUUCGUCUAAUUGUGAGGCAUAUAAGGAAAGGCAGAGAAAUUCUUUAUCGGGAAUGUCCACAUCUCUAAACAAUGCAGCUCAGCAUAAGUCAAAUAAUACAUUAGAAAAUAAGAAGGACUUGGUGAGACCAAAAAUUAAUCAUAAGAAAGAAUUUAGAAAUUCAUCAGAUUCUGUAAAAAAAAUGUCUACUAUAAAAGAUGAGAAGAGUAUGAUAGAGGUCUUCGCUGAUGUAUUUGCUACUGGAUUACCACUUGAACAAAGUAAACAACUUCAGUGUGGUAAGAAUAAUAAAUCGGAAUCCAUAAGAGAGGCAGCUAGACAUAACUCACUGUUCGAUAGCUAUUUAGAAGAUGGUUCUCCAGGGAGUGAUAAACAGUUAGAUAAAGGAGUAAAGCAGAAUGAUGAACUUCCAACUAGACAGAAACAACAGACUCUUGAUGCCACUGAAAAAAGACAGUCAUGCUCUGAUAUUCCUAAAGCCAAGAACGGUGAACAUGUUGGUCCUCAGAUACAAGUGGCUGGUCCUCAGACACAAGUGGCUGGUCCUCAGAUACAAGUGGCUGAUCCUCAGACACAAGUGGCUGGUCCUCAGAUACAAGGGGCUGGUCUUCAGACACAAGAGGAUGGUAAAAUAGUAAAUUCCAAAAUUCUCCACGCAUUUGUUAAACCUGGCACAACUGUUGAAUCCUUUACACCUGCUAAAAUGUACAACUCUGCACUUGUUAUGUUUGAUAAUUCUAAUAAUCCACUGACACAUGUUAAUACUGAAGCACACAUUACCGUCCAGAUAUGUGAUAAGGUUAAUAAAUCUAAUGAAACUCGAGUACAAGUUAUCUCAGGUGAAUCUGUGGAGAUUCCAGCACUUGUUAAUCCUCCGUCCAAGGAAAAUGAUGCACUAUAUAGAAAAGAGUUUAUGCGUGGAGAGGCCAAAAUGCCUGUUAAAUCUCGGUCAGCUGAUGAGGUCAAGAGUACAAAGAAAGACAUUGAAAUGCUUGUUAUAUGUGCAAAAGCUAAACCUGAAACUCCUGUUCAGUUCCACAACUCAAAGUCUCCCAAGAGUGAGAAAGGUGAAGUAUGCUUAAGAAGUCCUUUUAGUGAGAAUAAUAAGACUCAGAGUUUCCUUACUACCCAAGAGAAGAUGGAGUUGUCGUCAUGGGGACUGCCUGAUGCUGUGUUGGAGUGUUAUCUGAAGAAUGGAAUCAAGACAAUGUUUCCUUGGCAAGCUGAGUGCUUGAGCUUACCAGAGGUUCUUGAUGGAAGAAAUCUGGUGUACUCUGCUCCCACAUCAGCUGGCAAGACUCUUGUGGCUGAACUACUGUUGUUAAAAAGAGUGGUGGAGAAUGGUCGUAAGGGAAUGUUCGUCCUACCUUUUGUAUCAGUAGCUCGGGAGAAGAUGUACUACCUCCAGAAGAUGUUUAGUGUUGCUGGUGUACGUGUUGAGGGCUUCAUGGGCUCCCAAGGGCCACCAGGAGGUCUGAAGGCUACUGAUAUUGCUGUGUGUACAAUAGAAAAGGCUAAUAAUCUUGUUAACAGGUUAUUGGAGGACAAACGCUUAAAUGAACUUGGCAUAAUCGUGGUGGAUGAACUUCACAUGCUGGGUGACUCUCAUCGAGGGUAUCUCCUGGAGUUGCUCCUCACCAAAGUCAUGUUUGUGUCUCGUCACUCCUGCAGCGGUAAAAAGGAUGAAAACAGUAUACAAAUUAUAGGCAUGUCUGCCACAUUACCAAACUUGGAAUUAUUGGCAUGCUGGUUAGACUCCAGACUGUACAAGACAGACUUCAGGCCUGUACCACUUACUGAGAGAGUCAAGAUUGGCAGAGCUGUGUGUGAUUCUACCAUGAGUACAGUGAGAGAAUUAGACCCUCUUCUGACUGUUAAGGGUGACAGUGACCACCUGAUUCAACUGUGUCUUGAGACAGUCUUGGAGGGUUACUCUGUUUUAGUCUUCUGUCCUACUAAAGCCUGGUGUGAGAAGUUGGCAGAAUCUGUCGCAAAGGCAUUCUUCAGAAUUGGAAAGACAGACAGCCAGUAUCCGAUGAAGCUCAGCAGAAAAUUAAGAGAUUCAUUGGACUCUGUGGGUAUUGGAAGGGUGAUGGAAGCUCUACGUAAAUGCCCUGUUAGUCUGGAUGCUGUCUUAGCUCGAUCAAUAUCUUUUGGAGCAGCUUUCCAUCAUGCAGGUCUAACCUUUGAUGAGCGUGAUAUUAUUGAGGGAGGUUUUCGCACUGGAUCAAUACGUGUUCUUAUUGCUACUUCAACUCUGUCGUCUGGUGUGAACUUGCCAGCACGGCGAGUUAUUAUUAGAUCUCCUGUCUUUGGGAGGUCCAUUCUUGACACACUGACCUACAAACAAAUGAUUGGUCGAGCCGGUCGAAAAGGAGUUGACACAGAGGGUGAAAGCAUCUUGAUUUGUCGAGAGGAAGAAAAACAAAAGGCCCGGACACUGAUGAGCUCUACUCUUCCACCCAUCACCUCUUGUCUCCAGCAUGAUGCUUCUCUAACAUCCAGCAUGAAGAGAGCCAUCUUAGAGGUGAUAGUGAGUGGUGUUGCGACCACCCCAGACAAGGUCGAUGGCUACUGCAGGUGCACACUCCUGGCUACUUCUCUCAACACAGAUGCUAGUCAUUCACAACCAGAUACACCCAGUUCUAUCAGUACUUGUAUUGCCUUUCUGGAAGAGAAUGAGUUUAUAAGGUUGCAAGACACUGAUGGUGCUGUGAAAUAUAUUGGAACACAGCUAGGGCUUGCAGUCCUUGCCUCUGGCCUCUCCCCUGAUGAAGGGCUACAUGUGUUCACUGAACUGCACCGUGCCAGGCAGUGUUUUGUGUUGGAGAAUGAUCUCCAUAUUAUAUACCAGGUAACACCAAUAUAUGUAAGUUCAGCUUGGCUCAGCCUGGACUGGUUAACAUUUCUGGACAUUUGGGAGAGACUUGGUGACAAUAUGAAGCGUGUGGGUGAGCUGGUGGGCAUUGAGGAAGUCUUCAUUGUGAGGGCUAUGAAGGGCCUGAUUAAUAAAAGGUUGAAAAGUAAUGCGAAACAACUGGCAAUACAUCAGAGAUUUUAUACUGCUCUGGCACUUCACGAGCUUGUCCAGGAAGUGCCAUUGAACACUGUGGCCGAGAAAUAUGGUGCUUGCAGAGGGAUGCUUCAGUCUCUUCAACAGUCAGCUGCUUCAUUUGCUGGUAUGGUGACGGUGUUUUGUAAUCGCCUUGGCUGGCACAACAUGGAGUUACUGCUGGCCCAGUUUCAUGAUCGUCUCCACUUUGGAAUUCAGCGAGAAUUGUGUGACUUGGUCAGGUUAUCUUAUCUUAAUGGCCAGCGUGCCCGAGUCUUGUAUAAUGCAGGGCUAGAGACAGUCAAAAUGUUGGCUCAUGCCAGUCCUCAAGAUAUAGAGAACAUACUGCUUUCUACUGCCCCAUUCCAAAGCAAUAAGAUGGAGACUCAACAGGAAGGCACCAUCUGGUUAUCAUCUGGUCGCCCCCUUACCGAGGGUCAGGCUGCUGACCUCAUUGUUGAUGAAGCUCGGCAGUUAGUGCAGAAAGAUCUUGGCAUAGCUUCAAUAGAUUGGACACGAGAGACUAAAGGAAUUAUUACCCCAGGAAGAAAGCCGUCCACUGGAACACAUGGCUCUACUUCAGCUAACCGUACAAGUUGUAUUACAAGACGAAGGAGUUCAAUCUCGCCAAAUCCCAUACUGCAACCUGAGGCAGCCAGAAGGAAAGAUAGCAUUAAUGGAGCUGUGACUCCAGUCAUUGAGACUAAGGCAAGAAAGAGGAUAUCUCCACUCAUAUUGGCUCUGAGGAGAAAAUCAAAGUCGCCAAAAAUUAUUAUUGACACAAAAAAGAUGACAAUAAAUGCAUCAUCUGAACAAUGUAUGCAAGAUGAGAUAAAUUUAAAAAGUUGCAGUACAAGAGGAGAACCUGAUAAGCUAGAAGAUAAUCUUAGGGAUCAUGAUGGUGCAGGAACCACUGCUGAACCUCUACACCGUACUACUGGUGCUGCAAAAAGUGUCAAGGAAAAUGGAACUGUAUUUACAUCAGUAAAUGGGAAUGUAGGAACUGAUGAGGGUAUUAAUACAGUUUUUGAAAAUGGGAAGACAGUUUCUGAGACUGGUAAAAGUAAUAAUGUAGUUCCUGCAGACCAAACAGGAAAUAAACCUAGUAAUGACAAGAACAAAGAGAAAGAGAAUAAGUCAGAAAAAAGGGAGAGAAAAGACACCAAAGGGAAGGCCAAAAAUAGAAAGAGAGAAGUUAAGGAUACCAGAAAGAGCAAUGAUGAAUAUAAAUUGAAAGUGUCAAGGAAUGCUGAUAUAGCUGAAGAUAAAGAAAAUUUUGAUAGUAAUGGGCCAACCAACCAAAGUUCUGGGAAUUAUGCCAAGAAUAUUUUCAAAGAGAAGUCAACCAUUGUUGGUCUGUUAUUUGGGAAACCUAAAGUCAGGGAGGAGGCAGUGAGAAUGGACAAGGAGAACACAUCUUUUUGGAUUCCUGAAUCACAGGAAGAUAAAUCUGAUAAUGUGUUUACCCCCAAACGACCUAAAAUUUUUGGAUUGAAAUACAAUAAUCUGAAGGCAGUACAAGAAUUUACAAAUAAAACUAAUAGUUCAUUAAAGGAGACCACUAAGACAGAACAACAGAAACACUGUUUGAGGCCGUGUGAGCAAAGUGUUGUACCAGAGAUCAAAAUAACACCGGUGCAGGAUAAUGGUAGUCAAUUAGAUGGAGAUCAUAGCAAUGGAAUGGACACAAACACACCAAUUGAUGAUAAACCCAAGAAAAUGUUAAAGGUGAGUGCCACCACACCUAUUACUAACACAGCUGCAAAACUUAUCACUUCACCAACACAGACACCUGCAGGUAUUAUAAAUGAUGCUGUUGCCAUUUCAGCUUCAGAAGACUUUCCAACUUUUGACAUAUCCUGUUUUGACGAACAUGUUCAGAAAGUUGAAGAGAUGAUUAAGGAUAAAGAGAGAAAUGUGUUUAAUGAGAAAAAUGGCAGAGAUAGCUCCAAAGACUUUGUAAAUACCUCAUUAUCCUGUAUAAGUAAAAAGGCUGUCACAAAAGGGAGUAAAACAGAGUCAAGUGACAUUGAAACAAAAUAUCUCUGUAGUGUGACACAGAAAAACUACAGUAAUGUGAGUAUUGACCUUCUUUCUGAUUCACAAAAAGAUAAUCUUUUAAGGAUGUUGGAUUCACAGGAUUUUUAUUUUGGGUCUGAGAAUGUAUGUGUUUUACAAGAGGGUGUUAUCCAUAAAGAAUCAAUACGACCAACUGAAAUAAAGAAUAGACCCACACACAAUGUAGAGCCAAACACCAAAGGUGACAGGAGAGAGCAGGGUACAGUAAUGCUGAAAACUAAGUUUGAAGCUCAUAAGACUGGCCCCAUUAAAAGUAAUCCUGGUGUACCAGCAGGGAAGUGUACCAGCAACCAGAAUUGCAGAGCUAAUAAAUCUGAAUCAUUAAUACAGUAUAAGAGGAGGUCUCCAGUUGACAGUUUUUCCCCUCAGAAGAAGUCCAGAUUAGAUGAAAUUGUCAACAAGGACAUUCUAAAUAUGUCAACUGAAGUUUUGAAUAACAGACAGGAUGAGAAAUCUAUCAUCCAUCAAGUUUGUCCAAAAGACUUUGACUUUAGUUUAAUUCAAGACAUUGAAAGUGAUAAAGAAAAAGAGAUUAACGCUGUAGAUGGUUCAUAUCUACAGACAGUUUCUAAACAAAAAUGCUUAUUAGUAAAUGUUCAACCAGAUAUUUCAAGAGAUAGAGCAGAAUUGAACAGCAGUAUUUGUCCAUCAUGCUCAAAAAAUGAAGAUUCCUACAGUAAAAAUCAAACAGCUGAAGUUUUAAAUCAAAACUUUUGUGAAGUUAAGGAAUUAGAGUUGGAUGAUAAGGGAGACACCAAAGAGGAUGAAACAUUAUCUGAUUCAUUUCUUGACCGAGCUUUUGAGAGUUACCUAUACCUGUCAUCUCCAGGUGAAGAAUUACUUCAUCAUAACCAGCCUCAACCUGUCCAACAAGUAAUAGAAGAAAAUAUUAAUGAUCAACCUGAGGGAAAUGUGAAUAUUAAUGGUAGGUCUCGAGAGCCAAACAAGGACAAAAAUUUUCACAAACAACAAGAGGAAACAGGUAACAAUGAUACAGAUGUUAAAAGUGUUCAUGUCUUGAGAACAAAUAGUUUCAGUCAUAGUUUCACUCAGUUGGACAUUACACCUGGCACAGAAGCCUUAUUAGAAGGAGGGAUGAAAGAUGAUCAUGGUGUGCUGAUGGAAAAUGAAUUACAACUUGAACUUAACAAAGUGAAUCCUUCUCAGAAAAAUAAAGGCAGAUUGUCUGAUGAUAUCUUUGGAACACCCGUAUCACCAAUCUCAAUAUGUUCUCAAAGGAAGGCAAGCGAUGUAAAAAGUAACAUAACUGAGAAUACUAAAAAAAAUAAAGCAUUGUCAUCAAGUAACCAGGGUGUGGGUGUAACGACACAUAAAGUAUUUCAUUCUACUAAAGACAAUUAUUCAGAGAGGAGCAAGCCUGUUGGUAUGGACACAGAUGUAUCAAAUGAUCUCCCAUCAAUGACAAAUUCAUUUUGUAUUAUUGAUGUUGUAAAUGACACAAGGUUAUUCAAAAGUUUUAUGAAAGAGUGGGAAGAACAAGAGAUAUAUGCAGUAGGUUUAGCAUGUGAAAAAAUUGCAGCCCAAGGAAGUAAAGGUGGCAUAGGAUGGCGAAUAACUGGUCAGGGUCGCACUCGAAGGCAGAGCCAACGAUCUCAAGAAAUAGCAGGACUGGUGGUAGAAAAUUCUGACUUACUGAUAGUAGGUAUGGCAGUCUGCUGGGGAGGACGUGAUGCUUAUUAUAUUAAUUUACGCACCACUCAAGAAGAUGCAUUCAGUAGCAGUCUCUCAACACCUCCCCUACAAGGAGCUGUUUCAUUUGAGAACCGGGUAGAUAGUAUAAAGAAUUCAUUACUAAGAGAAAGAGAGAAGACCCCAAUACUCCGUGUCUGGGACGCCAAGAAUUGUAUGAAGCUGCUGGCAGCUGCUGGUCUAGGGUUUAUACUGAAUCCAACUGAGGAUCCAAGAGUUGCUUCUUGGAUGUUGGAUCCUGGAGAAAAAGAACUUAAUAUUUAUAACUUGGUAAUGAACUACAGUGCAGAGAGUCUUCCACUUCUGGAGGGAGUUGGUAGUUCGUGGGGCUUGGCCAGUCUUGGGGUAAACACAAAUAAUCCUGGGUCAUGCCGUGUUCGAGCAGCUACAGAAAGUGUUGUGGUGUAUCACCUUAUGGCAGCUCUUAGAGUACAGUUACAAGAGCUUGGGAUGCUACAGUCAUUUGAGGAUGUUGAGAUGCCAUGUGUGCAGACACUGGCAUGCAUGGAACUCAAUGGUAUGGGCUUCAACAUUCAGGAGUGUGAGGCUCAAAAAUCAAUAAUGCAGUCAAGAAUGAGCUCACUGGAGAGAGAUGCGUACUCUGCUGUAGGUCAUCCAUUCUCCCUCACUUCCCCGGAUGAGAUCAGCCAAGUGUUGUAUGGUGAGCUCCAUCUACCAUCUCCUGUUGGACCUGCUGCUGCUGCUGUCAGAGGAAGGCGAGGUCACAGCAAAAUAGGAGGUCGAGGAAGUAGACUGAGUGGACCAACCAACAAAGAUGCAUUAGAGAAAUUGUCAAAAGUUCACCCACUUCCUUCACUCAUCCUGCAGUGGCGCAAAAUAAACUCAUCUCUUACUAAGGUUGUGUUCCCUCUUCAACAAGCAUGUGUCUACUCUCACCGCCUGGCCAUGGAUCGCAUUCACACACAGACUUACAGUUUCACAGCUACAGGCAGAAUCACAAUGCAUGAGCCUAACCUUCAAAAUAUUCCAAGAGAUUUCAGUAUUCAGGUUGCUGCAGAUCACACUAGAGAGAGAAUAGGGGCAUCAAAACAGCAGCAGCAUGCUCAAGUAAACUCUGGCAUCAUGUGUCAGUUGGCUCCACUCUUGACAGGAGAAGAAGAACACACAGUGAGUCUCCGCCAUGCAUUGGUAGCUCAAUCAGGUAGUGUCCUUCUAGCUGCAGACUACUCCCAGGUAGAGCUGAGGUUACUUGCUCACUUGGCAUCUGAUAACAAACUCCUGCACUUGCUCAACAGUGGUGAGGAUGUGUUCACCACCAUUGCGGCACAGAUUAACACGACAAACUCAGAGGACGUGACUGUGGACCAGCGUCAACAAGCUAAGCAGAUUUGCUAUGGCAUGAUUUAUGGCAUGGGUGCUCAGGCACUGAGUGAGCAACUGAAUGUGGAGGAGGCUGAAGCUCUCUCUUUUAUGGACAAGUUCAAGAGACGCUUUCCUGGAGUGCAGCAGUUCAUGCAAGGUACAUUAGAGAAAUGCCGCAAGAAAGGUUAUGUUCUCACCCUGUUGGGCAGACGCAGAUAUCUUCCCAACAUCACCAACCAGAACGUACAUGCCCGAGCCCAGAGUGAGAGACAAGCUGUAAAUACUGUCAUUCAAGGAUCAGCAGCAGAUCUUGUCAAAUUAGCAAUGGUGAGAAUAAGUACAACUCUACAACAGACAUUUCCAACAGCACCUACCUACCUCACACAACCAACUAAUAGAAGACAGCAAAUCUGUGGUGCUUUUCUUGUACUACAACUUCAUGAUGAACUAAUGUAUGAGGUGGUUAGUGAAGAUGUCAUUCAAGUGGCCCAGCUGGUUCAGAGCCACAUGGAAGGAGUCCAGCAGCUGGCUGUGUCUCUACCAGUAAAGAUCAAGGUUGGACCAUCUUGGGGAGCAAUGAAGACACUCAACCUCUGAAUAUUUCUUCUGUUUAAGGGCAAAAGAUACUGUGAGUGUAUUUGCAGAUAAUGCACCCCACUAGGAGGGAUCUUGGGUUAUGUCCUGCUAUUUUACAUUUAUCAUUAAUACUGUUUUAUGGUUAUUCUUCACACUUGUGCAUGGUCUCUUGCAGCCUCUCACAUCUGGAUCUUAUCUCUGAGGUAAUUUUUCACAACCUUACUGGAGGUGGGUAAGAAGGCAUUUGUCACAAAAUCAAGUGAUGGGCCCCAAGUAAAACCUCUGUAUUACACCCACAGUUAUAACAAAGACUGCAAUGAAACACAUAACAGCUGCAAUAUGUUGCAUAGUCUAGAUGAAUGCAGGUCAAUUCUACUGAGCAACUGAUUGGACUAUUCAGCUGUUUUGUGAAUGAUGUUAGAAUCCCUUGUUAUUUUUAUCAAAUUUUUAUAAGAUUUGCACUACUGUAUUUUCAUCAUGUUUGUAAUUGUGGUACAGUACGUAUUGUACAUUUUUAAGAUACUUUAUGAUACUGUACUUUUUAAUUAUUUAAAAAAUGCAUAAUAUAUUAUAAGAUACUUUACUUCACUAAUAAUGUGGCAGCACAAAGGUAACAUCCUUUACGCAAUUUAUCAAAAUAUGUGGGGUGGGAACCCCUAGGCAAGGAAGGCUUGGGUAUCCUGAAGUAUUGUUGCAGCACAGCACACACCAUAGCAUAAUAAUGAACCGUAUUCAAAAUCGUUUUCCGUGGUCUUUCCUCAUGAGGAAUCCUCACGUUUUGCAUUCAAGAAGUGUGGGGAAUGCUCUCAGAUAUUACUGGAAUUUUCUUGAGAAGGGGGUGGGCACCCUAAGCAAGUCAUAGGGAUAAAUCAUUGUUGACCGUUAACAUAAUUGCAAUUACAAAUAUAUUGCAAUGCUUCUAGUAUAGUAAAAAAAAAGCAUCCUGUACAUAUAAGAUGAAUUUCGCCGACGGACAAGGACGGAUAUGACGUUUAGACAUUCAUACUAUACCCCCCAAAAUUUUAUAUUUCACAUUUGUUUACUAAAAAUCAGACUGCCAAAUUUGAAACCCAUUCAUGAAUCUAGUGUGAAUAUAGAGGAAAGUCUUACUAUAGAAAUAUCCCUCCAAUUUUGUUUGACACACUCCAGGAAGAUUUCUCUUUCGUUGUCAUUAUUUUCACUGGUGAUAUAUUAAUCAGAUAGUGUAUCCGAAAUUAAUGAAAUAUUUAAUUGCUUGUAGCAUAUUAGCCAAGGUCAGGGUUCAAUACUUGUAGCACAUUAGUCUAGGUCAGGGUUGAGUCAAUACUGAUGCUGAAGUCUUCACUCUACCACACAAACACACACACAUGUGAACUCAUUCAUCACCAGUAUACAAGAUUGGUAAAUUUUUACAAGUUGCCCAUAAUGUCCCACAAUAUUUUUGGGUCCAGUUCUAGAUAUAUCUCAUCAUUCUGAGUACCUUUCAUUCUAUACGUUUCUGUUGCAAAUGAAUAAUAGUGAAUGUAAUAGAACCUGACCUAACCAACCAAAGAACCAUACCUAACUCCCUAGCCAGCCCCCUCCCCCCAGGACCCCUGUCAUGUUAAACAGAAAGUACUUUUUUUGUUAUCUGGUACCAAUGAAACCACUUUAUUGAAGCGUCAUGGUAUAAUUUAAAAUUUUAUGUGAACGUGAGAGUACGCUGGGACCGAGCAACAGACGACAUGCAAUGACUCAGAUUUUGAGCAACUUGUUAAAAAAAUACCACAAGAUUUGUACUUUGUACAAUACAGUAUACAGUAUAUGAUAAUUCUAUUGAUUCAGUACAGUAAGUUCUUGUUUAACGUUGCCCCCGACUACAAUGUUUUGUUUAACGUUGCUACUCUUUAGAUACUCACGAUUCGGACAACGUCCCGCCGAUUCGGUAUAAUGUUGUCAAGGACUACUUAAUAUGGCGCAUCACCCCCUCUCAUCUUGGUGCGCUAUGCUCUCUUGCGGAGCGUCACAGCAUCCCCAAGCUUACGACAUACCAACAUUCCCUUUUUUCCUAUGUUGGCAGACCUGGAGCAAGUCCCACAUAAACCCCACGAUUUGUACCACCUAGAAUACAACCAGUGCCCAUGGCUUGAGCAAAGCUCACCAUGAGGAGAACCCACGUAAAACGAUCUUGAAUAUGGUUAAAUGUCUCAUUUACCUGCUUGGCUGUGGGACUAAACCUGUGUAUCAGGGGUUGUAUGACCAGAGCACUUCUUGACUGAGCCAUUUUUAUAAUACAAAUAGUACUCAUUAGCCUGUGUUUGUAUAAUAGUUUUCCAGAUGAUGCCUCAACAAAGUGGCUCUUGUUACUGCACAUGCCUGGUAGUAUGGCCUUACUACCCUUGACUGCUUGGGAGCUGAUCUUAUCUUUUCCCAAUACAUUCAUCAGCCCCAAAUAAGAUUCAAAGGCUGCACUCUAGAGGCAGGAGGUAUAGCUAGAAUACAUUACUUGCCAGCCCAGUCAGUACACACACUCAUCUAUCUACAUCCAACAUGACUCGAACCAGUCUGCCAUCUUGGAUCACCUUCAGUCCUUAGCCAAGAGUGAUCGUACCUAUUCAGCUAUCCACUAAGUGGCUUAUUUCUGAAGAAAAAAAGUUGCCUUAAUCCUUCUUGACACUCUGGGAGUUGUUGGAGAUUAUCAACAAGGUUAAGUGUUAUCAUUUAGGUAAGGCUGACAUUUCAUUUUACUUAUAUCACUUUAUAAGGUUUGUUUACAUUUCAUUCACCCUCUUUGACUCUCCUUACAAUCCUGAAGGCUCCAGGAUAUAGGUAACUAAUGUAUUGACAGUAUUGUACAGUAAGGGAAAGUUGUCAGGUACCCCUCUGCUGCUUGGUUACCACUACUACUACUUUCUUACUUACUUUUCAAGCUGGCUGUUAUAACAAGAUCUGUUCACUGGAAAGGUUCAGCCCUGUGGCCAAGUGGCUUGAAUACCCUCCAUCCUCCCCUGAGAUUAUGUGUAUUCAGCUUGGAACUGAAUGUUUUUAAGAUAGCUGACUGGUCUUGGAAUUAUGGUGGACAUAACCUUCAGCAUCUUGAAGGCAACCAUUGUAUCUAAUCUCCAAUAUUUGAAGAUGUGAUAAGGAGCAAUGAGUGGUCAUAAUACUGAAUCCCAGUUGCCAAUGGGGUGAAGGCAUAUACAGACAGAAACAACAACUCAACGGUAGGCUUCACCAGAUAAUACUGUACUGGGUAGUUACUCUAAACCAUUCCUCUAUUUACCAAUGCAUUACAGUAUUGUAUUGAAGUAUUGCACUUUAAUGGGUUUGAUGUCUUUCAUGUAUUUAAAUGCUCAUGAUAACCGUAAUUCAUCUUACUAUGUUUUAUGAUAAGUAAAAUAAACAGCAGACAAGGUACAUACAACAGUGUGUGAUUUUAGUGAUCAUUUUAUAAUUUUUAAAUAUUUUACAAAACUUAAUAUCUAUUUACAUAUAGGAUAUUUAAUACAAAAUGUUUAUGGAAAAGAAUAAAUGUAAAUGAUUUUAGUUCAUUGUAUAGAGUGUACUGAUAUUUAGAAAGGACGCUUCAUAUUUUUAGUACCUGGUCAGAGUAACGUUUUACCAAAUCCGGCUUCAAAACACGAGGUUCACGGCGCCAUAAGCUCGUUGAACAGGCUUUGUGUGAAAUAUAACAAAGUCUAGGACUGCUUUUAGU